AUGGCCAACAAUGACGACCCUGCGCACCGCCGAAACCAAUCCGCCAACAACAUCCCGCUCCAGGACCUCAGCCAAGAGGGCAUCACAUCGCAAGAGCAGGACGGCAGGCUUAAUACCGGCGAGCACAGCAACCACCGGCGUACGUUUAGCGAGCGUAUAGCGGAGCUGCGGCACUCGCGGAGGGACAAUGCUGGGAAUGCAAGUACGCGGUAUGCGCCUCUGUCGGCGAGGUCGCCUAGUCCGCCUGGACAGCGGGCGCCGUUGUCGCCAGUUGCUUUCGUCACAUCACCGACGGGACACCAUGAGCGCAUACCGGAUGAGGAUGACGAGCAGGCGUAUUCGCCCGUGACGGACAGAGGCGCAUUCCAGGCAGCGAUAGGGUUCGCUGGACUCAGCUUCAAUGCUGGUGGAAGCAGCUCGUCGGAGGACGAAGGGGUGGAAGAGACGCCGCCGCGGCCGUCAAGAGUGAGUCAGGUUAGCAGGCCAUCGUUGCCAAGCUUGCGGACGAACAGCGAGGAUAUGGGGGAUAUGGUGUCGGUGCAGCUGGAUGAUGGGCCCGCGUUCUCGCCUGCUCCUGUGGGUGACGACGAUGAUGAUACGUUGCCUCUGACGGAUUCAGCACGACUACAGCCUUCGACGAGCAGAGACAGCGGGAGAUUGUCAGGGCAAAAUCACGACAGAAAUGGAGGAUUCAGCUUUGGCCGGAGUUCUGGGCUGAGCGCGCGAUUCGUGGGUUCACGCGGUGGCAGUCCGAGCAAUUCAAGACUAGGGGACAGUUUACAUGCGCUUGAGACGGGGGAGUCUGGACUCAGCAGGUCGCCAUCAAGUCGGAAACGAUCGUUGUCGCCUUCUUCGACAGACUCACCACUUACACGGACGGGAACAAUGCUACGCAACAUGUCGCAGCGAGUGGUCAAUGUGUCCAACGAACAGGUCGAUUCGAUUGUCUCGAGGAACAUGAGGCGAAGAUCAACGAUGCGCCGACCAUCACAAUUGGUACAGCCUCCGCCAGCCAUCAGCGAGACAGCAGUUACGGACUUUGCGCAUACCGAUGGACAAGUCUCUUCAAUACAUUCGCGAGGUUCGGAAAAGUCAGCAUCUUCAAUCAUCGAACCCGAGAUCCCACAACACCUCCCGCCUAUAGACCGGAAUCCGCUCAGAGGCAAGUCAUUAGGCUUUUUCUCGCCAGAGAGCCGCUUGCGGAAGUCGUUACUACGGCUAAUGGUCCAUCCGUUCUUCGAACCUAUCAUUCUCAUCCUGAUCGUUAUCCAAACCAUCAUCCUCGCUGUGGACUCAGCAGAGAACGUCUACACUAAUCCACGGCCCAAGAACUGGGGUGGCCACUGGACGGAUUUCGCACUGUUCGCCAUCUUUGUAAUAUACACGGUCGAGAUCGCCAUCAAGAUCGUGGUAUCGGGCUUCAUACUAAAUCCGAAAGAGUACAGCACGAUUGAUCGGAGUGUUGGGACGCGGCAAGCUCUUGUCAACAAGGCGAAUGAGCUUUUCGCGCUGCAUCGACAGCCAUCGAAGAGGGAUGUACGGGCGAAUAGGGCGGAAGUGCCGCCUUCACUGCUGCGGUCGUUCACAGCCGAGACGUUUGAGGAUGUGCCCGGCGCAUCACGGCAAGAGAUGAAGAAGCGACUUGCAAGGCGUGCCCUUCUGCGGCAUUCCUUCGGCCGGCUGGACUUCGUGGCAGUGGUGUCAUUUUGGGUCGGCUUCAUGCUUGGUGCCUUCGGCAUCGAGAAAAGCUACCACCUCUACGUCUUCCAGAUGAUGUCGUGUCUGCGCAUUGUCCGGUUGCUCAGCAUCACAUCUGGAACUUCAGUGAUCCUGCGGUCGCUGAAGCGCGCCGCACCUACGCUCCUCAACGUUUCGUUCCUGAUCGGUUUCUUCUGGCUCCUCUUCGCCAUCGUCGGCGUGCAGAGCUUCAAAGCCAGUCUUCGGCGAACUUGCACCUGGGAUGGCUCUCUCGCCUCACCGCCCUUCGACGGCAACUACACACAAGACUACAUGAAUGGUAACGGGGCCAUCCAACACUGCGGCGGCUGGCUCGCCUCGAACGGCUCCAUGAUGCCAUGGCUCAAAUCCAACGGCAAGAACGGCACAGACACGCACAAAGGUUACGUCUGCCCACUAGGCUCCUACUGCGUGCAAGGCGACAACCCAUACAACGGCACCGUGAGCUUCGACAAUAUCGCUAACAGCCUCGAGCUCGUGUUCAUCGUCAUCUCGACCAACACGUUCUCGGACAUCAUGUACAGCUUGAUGGAUACGGAUUACAUGGCUGCGGCGCUGUACUUUGCCGUAGGCAUUGUGCUCCUGACGUUUUGGCUUAUCAACUUGUUGAUUGCGGUCAUUACGAGUUCGUUCCAGGUCAUUCGAGAGGAGAGCAGGAGCAGUGCGUUCAUGGCUGCUGAGACGGAGGCAGAGGAGGAAGGGCUACACGAUGAUGAUGACUCUGACGAGGCGUCACCGGAACGGCGAGAACCUACGCUGAAGCACCUGUACCGGAAGUCAAGGUGGUUCUGGAUCGCUGUCAUCACGUUUGGCCUGAUCAUCAACUGCUUGCGGCAUGCGUCGAUGGGUCCAUUCUUAACGAAACUCAUCUCCAUGUGCGAGCUUGUCGUAACACUGAUCCUGCUCGCCGAGAUCGUCAUUCGCUUCGCAGUCGACUGGCGAGGCUUCGUCACCGGCGGCAAGAACUGGUUCGACCUACUCCUUGCCCUCGUCACGGCAGCCAUCGAGAUCCCAACCAUCAAGCACGCCUGGCAAGGACAAGUGUACGCCUGGUUGACCGUCUUCCAGAUCCUGCGUGUCUACCGCGUGGUCCUGGCCAUCCCCAUCACCCGCGAGCUCAUCAUGCUGGUCCUGAAGCACGUAUCCGGUGUGCUGAACCUCAUCCUCUUCGUCUUCCUCCUCACCUUCCUCGCCGCCAUCUUCGCCGCCCAGCUCUUCCGCGGCACCGUACCCUCCGAAGACCCCGCCGGCGCAUCCAUCUACGCCAACUUCUCCACCAUCUGGAACUCCUUCCUCGGCAUGUACCAAGUCCUCAGCUCCGAGAACUGGACCGACAUCCUCUUCACCGUCACCUCGAGCGACGUGACUUACGGCACCGCAUGGAUUGGCGCCACGUUCAUUAUCAUCUGGUUCAUCUUCGGCUUCUUCAUCACGCUGAACAUGUUCAUUGCUGUCAUUCAGGAGAACUUUGACGUGAAUGAAGAUCAGAAGCGGAUGCAGCAGGUGCGGAUGAUGUUGCUGCGGAAGGAGCUGGGGGAGAAUCAUCAGGGUACGCUGAGUUUGUCGACGAUCUUCAAGCUCGGAAGGGUGAGGAGGCAAGAUCCGCUAGAGUACAGUGCUGCGGCGGAAAACAUGCUGUUCGAGGAGGGCUUGCUGCAGGAGUUUCUUAACGCGCAGUUCUCGCAGCCUGAGAUGAAUGGAGGGGCGCAGAAACCUGGUGUCAGUCAGGCGAACACGUUUGAUCUGCUGAAUAGGAGACAGACGAUUGUGACGACGCUGUGGGGUAGGAUCAAGAAUCGUCUCAUCGACACCGAGCCCAACCCUUUCUACACCCGGCUGCAGUUCAGCAAGCAGUACGAAGAGCUGGACUUGCCGACGCUGGCCAAGGAGUUCAAAGAAGCGACCGAGCGGCGGAAGCUGACACAGCGAGAGUACUUGCGCAAGCAUCCCACGUACAACGUCUCGCUGUUCCUGUUCAAGCCGGACAACCCCGUCAGGAAAGCUUGUCAGCGGGUCGUAGGACCAGGCCGUGGCAGCGAGCGUGUGCAGGGUGUGCGGCCAAACAUCACAGUCUGGUACACCUUCUCCGCCUUCAUCUACCUCGCCAUUGUUGCCAUGGUGCUCCUGGCUUGCUACACCACACCGCUGUACCAACAGCAGUACUUCAGAGACCACCCUUACUCGCGCUACAACUGGUUCGUGUACUGCGACAUUGGCUUCGCCGCCCUCUUCACCGCAGAAGCGACUCUCAAGGUCAUUGCGGAUGGCUUCUUCUGGACACCGAAUGCCUACUUCCGGUCGUCUUGGGGCUUCAUCGAUGGCGUCGUGCUGCUCACGCUCUGGGUCAACGUUAUAACACAGCUGUACGAUCCAGGCAGUGGAUCUCGCGCCGUCGGUGCAUUCAAAGCACUCAGAGCACUCCGUCUGCUCAACGUCAGCGACAGCGCACGAGACACCUUCCACUCCGUCAUCAUCCUGGGAGGCUGGAAAGUCAUCUCCGCGGCCUUCGUCUCCAUUUCUCUGCUCAUCCCGUUCGCCAUCUACGGUCUCAACCUCUUCGCCGGGAAGAUGACGUACUGCAACGAGCAGAACGGCAGCGGCAACCCCAUCGACUCGCCGUUCAAACCAUACAAUCUGACCGACUGUGUUGGCGAGUUCUACUAUUCAGCUUACAACUGGGAAUUCCCUGCUCCACGACAAGUCCGCAAUAGCUGGUACGACUUUGACAGCUUCGGCGGGGCGCUGUUCAUGCUGUUCCAGAUCGUCUCGCAAGAGGGCUGGGUGGAUGUCAUGUGGAGCGCUCAGUCGAUCACUGGAGUCUUCACGCAGCCGGCGGACUUUGCUUCGCAGGGCAAUGCCAUCUUCUUCGUCAUCUUCAACUUGCUUGGUGCUGUGUUCGUGCUGACGCUGUUCGUGUCUGUCUUCAUGCGCAAUUAUACUGAGCAGACUGGUGUGGCGUUCUUGACGACGGAUCAGCGGAGUUGGCUUGAGUUGCGGAAGUUGUUGCGACAGGUCGCACCCAGUAAACGGCCGAACAAUCGGAAGAAGCGCGAGAGUUGGCAGGAAUGGUGUUAUCGGCGUGCUGUUACAAAGACUGGACGGUGGCAGAGGGCUGUGACUGCGGUGCUCGUGCUUCACUUGAUCCUCCUCUGCUGCGAGUACUAUCCGGAACCCUGGACGUGGGCGCGCACUAGAGACUACAUCUACCUCGCCUUCACGGCGCUGUACAUUGUCAACAUCAUCGUCCGUAUCAUCGGGCUGUCCUGGACCCGCUUCCGGAAGAGCGCUUGGGACGUCUACUCCGUCUUCUCGGUCGGCGGGACAUUCAUCACCACCGUUCUCCUCCUCUCCAACUUCAAGGAACGCUACUACUCCAACCUGCACAAACUCUUCCUGGUCUCCGUCGCACUCCUCCUGAUCCCCCGCAACAACCAACUCGACCAACUCUUCAAAACCGCCGCCGCCUCGCUAACCUCCAUCGCUAACCUCCUCGCAACCUGGUUCGUCCUCUUCCUCGUCUACGCCAUCGCCAUGACGCAAGCCUUCGGCUUGACCCGCUUCUCCUACAACGAAACCGGCAACGUCAACUUCCGCACCGUGCCCAAAGCCCUGAUCCUCUUAUUCCGCAUGUCCGUCGGCGAGGGCUGGAACAUGAUCAUGAACGACUUCGCGCGCGUGAAAACCCCUUACUGUACGACAGCGAGCGACUACUACAGCGGCGACUGCGGGAGCGAGGAGUGGGCGUACGCACUCUUCAUCUCCUGGAAUAUUCUGUCCAUGUACAUCUUCGUUAAUUUGUUCAUCUCGCUCAUCUACGAGAGCUUCUCGUACGUGUACCAGCGCAGCAGCGGGAUGUCGAUUAUCAGCAGAGAAGAAAUACGGCGGUUCAAGCAGGCGUGGGCGGAGUUCGAUCCGAAUGGGUCGGGGUAUAUCUCGAAGGAGAUCUUUCCAAGGUUCCUGGGUGAGUUAUCGGGCGUGUUCGAGAUGAGGGUGUAUGAUGGGGAUUUCUCCGUGAGGAGUCUGAUUGAGGAUUGCAAGCUGGCGCCGCGUCGGGCGUCGGCGCUGCCUUUGGAUGGGGCGGGUGGAGGGGCGUAUGAGAUUGAUUUAAAUAAGUUGAAUCGACGGUUGGAGGAGCUGCCGGUGAGGGAGAUCCAGAGGCGGAGGGCGAGAAUGCAGGAGUUCUACGAGGAGGUGCUGGUGUCUGCGGAUCCGGACAAGGGGAUCUCGUUCAAUGCGCUGCUGAUGAUUCUGGCGCAUUACAAGGUCAUUGACGACAGCAAGGCAUUACGACUUGAGGAGUUCCUACGACGAAAGGCCAGGCUGGUGCGGGUGAAGCAAGCCGUGCAACGAAGCACCGUCGUCGGCUUUUUCGAUACAGUCUACUACCGCCUGCGCUUCAAGAAGCACAUCGAGAGCCGCCACCACGCCCGCGUUACCGCCGUGCCCAACUUCGGCGUCCCAGAGAUCUUCGUGCACGAAGACAGCGACAAUGAAGACGUCACAACUGCAAAGCGCUUCGACGUGCCCUCCGUCGCCGUCACACCGGUCGACUACGAAGGCCCCUCCUCUGCCGCUUUCGGCACCGGACGCGCAGGAGCAAGCGGCUCCGACGCCAGCCACCUGCAGCAAUCCGGCGGGUCUGUGAUCCGCAACCGCAGCAACUCCAUACAGAGCUCCGCGCCCUCCUCGCCAUCAGCCUCCGAAUCGCCCUACCUCUCUACCUCCCGCCACCGGCCCACGCCAUCCUCCAGCAGCAUCCAACCCGACUGGCAUUUCGCCGCGGCCAUGGAGAGCGCGAACCCCGCCGGUCUGUCGCCGCCCGGUAGUCCCGGGAUGUUCGCGGCGGACAUCGAGUCCGGCGGAAGGAAUCGCGCGGGCAGUGCGGUGAGCCAGACGGAGAUGUUUGGGAUGUUGCAGGAUAGUGCGUGGGGGCAGAGUAUGCGGCGGAGCGUUACGCAGAAGAGGCGGGUUAGUGGGCGGAGGCCUUCUGCUUCUGGAGGCGGGUGA